GCUUCAAGCUGCCCUUAUAAAGUUGUUCCACUUUUGCAUACUUCCUCAUACUGCUAGUUUCUCUGUGAAGAUGAAGCUGCUCGUUUACUUAAUCUUGACAGCUCUCCUUGCUUUAACAAAUGUCUUUGCAGUUGUUUUAGAAGAUGAAGAGGAUGCUAAAGAAAAAGUUACUGAGACUUGUCCUAUAAAGCUCAAAACUAAUCGGAAAUGUGAUGAAGGAGAGGAUUGUCCACAUCAGAUAAAUCUGCCUCCGAUGACCAUCCAGUUACCCAAAGAAUUCAGACUGCUUGAGAAGACUCUCAAAGAAGUACAGACCCUUAAAGAAGCAGUAAACAAGCUGAAGAAAUGCUGCCAAGAUUGCAAGCUGCAGGCAGAUGACAACCAGGAAAGAAAUAAUAGAAAUGAAUUCCUGCUACCUGAUGCAGAAACUCCAGCAGAAAACAACAAAAUCCAAGAUAACAGAGUAAAGGAACUGCAAAGCAAAGUUAACAGAAUGGCAACCAGCUUGAAAAAUGCAAAGAGCCAGAUUCAGACACUUCAGGGUCGUUUAGAGAAGAUGAGCCACAUAAAUAUGAACAAUGUGGAACAUUAUGUUGACAGCAAAGUUGCUAAUCUGACUUUUGUUGUGAACAGCCUUGAUUACAAAUGUUCUUCCAAAUGUCCAGCAAUGCAACCGAGACCUGUUAUGCAAAUAAUGCAGAGAGACUGUGCUGAUCAUUACACAGCAGGCAGAAGGAGUAAUGGAAUCUACAGGAUUAGCCCUGACCCCAGAAAUGAUAGCUUUGAAGUUUACUGUGACAUGCAAACGCAUGGAGGUGGCUGGACAGUGCUGCAACGGCGUCAGGACGGCAGCACUAACUUUAACAGAACCUGGAACGACUACAAAAAUGGCUUUGGAAACCUCAGCAGGGAAUUUUGGCUGGGGAAUGACAAAAUUCACCUCCUGACAAAGAGCCAAGAAAUGCAACUGAGAAUUGAACUUGAAGAUUUCAAUGGUAUCAGAGAAUAUGCAAAAUACGAACACUUCUACGUGGCCAACGAAUAUCUAAAGUACCGUCUAAGUGUUCACGGCUACAGCGGCACAGCAGGAGAUGCCCUUCACUACAGCAGGCAUUAUAACCACGAUCAAAAGUUCUUUACGACUCCGGACAAGGACAAUGACAGGUAUCCUUCAGGAAACUGUGGAGCAUAUUACAGCUCUGGCUGGUGGUUCGAUGCAUGCUUGUCUGCCAACCUCAAUGGCAAGUACUACCACAAGAAAUACAAAGGUGUUCGCAAUGGCAUUUUCUGGGGUACAUGGCACGGUAUUUCUGAUGAUAUGCCCAGUGGAUAUAGGCAAGCCUUCAAAUCAGUAAAAAUCAUGAUCAGACCCAAAAGUUUUGUGGGGUAAUUAUAUAGCUUUCUCUUUAAAUAGUUUGCAUUGGAUUGCACUCAAAAUCAUGCUUACUCAGUAUUAUAUUCUGAAUUCAAGUAUUCAGUUAUGUUUGGCAUAAAAUAGUUCUAGACAAAACAACAUACUUCCACAGAAAUGUUUAGAGCUGAUUUGACUCAUAUAACGAAUUAAAAACAGCAUGAAUGUUUCUGAAUAGUUAUUGCUAAAACUUAGCACAGGUUAAGUCUUGGUAUCGUUAUGUAAAUAUUCUAAAUAUUGCUUCUGGUGCUUUUACUGACUGUGAUAUAACACAUUUUAUGAUUUAAAACUUUUAAAUGGUCUUCCAUAAACUGUGUCUGAAUGAACACCUACAUUUUAACCUGCAAAUAACUCAGAGGUAUAAUUGAUAACAUAUACAUUUGUCAACACUCAGAAUGAAAAUCAGUCUCUCUGACUUUUUCUAUCAUCUAUCCUUCACAAUUUAAAAGGUAUACCAUAGCAAUAUCAAUAUAAGUGAGGAAAAGUACUACAAAUUAUUAUAUUUAAAGGACUAGAAAACAGAAUGACACAUGGUUUGCCCAAAGACACCAAAAAAGCCUUGAAGAAAACCUAGAAAAUCUUAUCCUCUUUAUCAAAGAUUGUUCAAAAAAAGUUGGUGGAAGAACUGAAUACAAGCAGCGGAACUAACAUAGAGAACACAUACUGAAAGACAACAUUCUUGCAUACUGUGGUUCCUCCGAUCAAGUUCAAGGUCCUAUUUGUCUGUGGGAGAAAGGAGCCAUUAUGUAGCUUAUUGCACAUUUAUAUAAGCAGGUGACAGGUAAGAAGAAGACACAUCAAAAAGAACCCAUGUCUUUGCAUUAAUGCCUCUAAAUACAUACAAUAAGACUUUCCAGCACUAUUUUCUCCUGAAUCUUUUAGAUAAGCCAAACGUCACAAGAUCGCUCUUGUAAAGACUUAAGCUCUCAUUUAAGUACUUCUCACUCUAAGUACAAUUAGACUAGACAAUUAGGUACAAUUAAGAAGGGUUAUAAAUAUUUUGUAAGAUAUUAAAAGAUUGUGUUCUCCCCAUUUUCUGUGUAUCCUAUUUGUAGCCAGAAAACAUGAACACCACACUGGCAAUUAUAAAUAUAAAAGAGAAUAUGUGAAAUAUUUUUUUAUUCUAAAAUAUAAAAAAUGAAACAAAUUUUCAAAUAUUCCAGGAAGCGCAAAUUAGAGAUAAUAUUAUUAAAGCUCACAUUGUAGAUAGUGAGCACAAAUUUGACCACACGUAUGUAUUGCCUGCCCUAAGAAGGACAUGCCUUUAUAACCACUGCCUAAACAUCCUGAGCACAGGUGCAAUUUACCUUAGCAAGAGGCUAUUUUGCCAUAUUGCUCUCACCAAUCUGUAGAUGCAGAUAAACUAUACAAGACCGCAUUUCUUUACCAGUUAAAGUAUGGCCUUUGCUGGCAUAGCUUUUUUGAUUAAAUGAGACAUACCAAAAAAAAAAAAAAAAAA